AUGGAUUCCUCAAAUUAUGGAUUCGGAGGAUCAUCAUCACCAUACGAUUCGGAGGAGCAUGGUUCAAGCGGAACUAGUAUUUUAGGAGCUGGGGCCCGAGCCGAAUUCAAUCAUCGAGAACUGGCACUGGAUAAUUAUUCUACUAAGAUUUGCAAUCGUAGUUUCUGGGUUGGUUUUAGCCUGCAACUACCAGUAGGUGUUCAUAAAGGAGAUGAAUCCGAGGGCAUAAAUAAUUCCUAUAGCUUAGAAAAUCAUCAUUUCAGAGGGCCUUUCCAUCUCUUGCUCAUUUUAGCUGUUACAUGCCUUGGAAAUGUGAUUCUGCUUGUUGCAUGGAGGUGGCUCGGCAAAAUAACAAAGAAGAGAAAGGGCAUUAAGAUGAACGAGAGGUUCUUUGAACGAAAUGGGGGCUUGCUUUUACAACAGUUGUUAAAUUCUUUUGGUGCCAAUGUUGCUAGAUCAUUCAAACUCUUCAAGUUAACGGAGUUAAAUAAGGCGACUGACCAUUUUAAUGUGAAAAGAGUACUCGGUCGAGGAGGUCAAGGUAUUGUUUAUAAAGGAAUGCUAGAAGAUGGAAGAAUUAUUGCGAUAAAGAAGUCCAAUGUGGUUGAUGAAGGGAAAAUUGAAGAGUUCAUUAACGAGAUUGUUAUUUUGGCCCAAAUUAACCAUAGAAAUGUGGUUAAGCUAUUAGGGUGUUGUUUGGAAGCUGAGGUUCCUUUAUUGGUUUAUGAAUUCAUCUCCAAUGGAACCCUUUUUCAGUAUCUUCAUGAUCAAAAUGAAGAGUUUCCGCUCAAAUGGGAGACACGUCUACGAAUUGCUACAGAAGUUUCAAGUGCGCUUUCUUAUAUGCACUCAGGUGCUUCCUUUUCCAUAUUCCAUCGUGACAUCAAGUCGACAAAUAUACUCUUAGAUAAUAAUUAUACAGCAAAAGUAGCUGACUUUGGGGCAUCAAGAUCAAUUUCCAUAGAUAAAACUCAUCUGAGCACAAUAAUAUUGGGGACUUUGGGGUACUUGGACCCAGAAUACUUCCAAUCAAGUCGAUUGACCGAAAAAAGUGAUGUCUACAGCUUUGGAGUAGUCCUUGUAGAGCUUUUAACAGGACAAAAACCAAUAUUUUUAGGAUCAUCACAGGAAAACAUAAGUUUGGCAGCUUAUUUCAUCCGUUGUAUGAAGGAGAAACGUUUGUAUGAUAUUCUUGAUGCUCAAGUGAAGCAGGAUGGGAAAAAGGAUGAGAUUAUGGUAUUUGCGAACCUUGCUAAAAGUUGCUUAAACCAAAUUGGGAAGGAACGACCUACAAUGAAAGAAAUCGUAAUAGAGUUGGAGGGAAUUCCAUUAUCAAAAAAGAAGAAAGUGUCAUUCAGAGAAGUUAUAAAGAGGUUCAGAAAGGGAGAUUGAAGCAAUUCAUGAAAUUUGGGUUUCUAAUUUAAUCGGUUCGUCUUUCAACAAUGGAUCUCCUGCCGUGUCUAUCCAGUUAUUGUUAAUUACAAUAUGUUAUAAUAAAGAUGUGUGUAGGUUAUCAAAAGCCUCUUGUUGUAGCAUUCAAAAUAUUCUUUCAUGCAUGGCCUAAGAUCUUUCUUGCUCAUUCAAUAAUGUUAAUAGUUCGUUUUCGUAAAA